GCCAUGUCCGCUGCGGGCCCCGGGCCCGGCUCCGGAGCCGCCUCUCGUUUUGUCUGUUGUGGAUUAUCUUAAACUCCGGAAGCUGAAUAAGGGCUUGAAGACUGCUGAGGAACACACGAUUUGAAUCAUUAAAGCAUUAAAAUAGUAAUACCCAUGGAAGAGCCACAAGACUUACCCGAACAACCAGUGAAAAAAGCUAAGAUGCAGGAAUCUGGAGAACAGAGCCUGAGUCAUGUGAGCAGCACAGAGGUCAGCGAUCAGAAAACUGAAUCUUCAAACCUUGGUUCAGACCUUCCCAUGUCCAGUGAGAUUAUGACAUGCACUGAUUAUAUCCCAAGGUCAUCAAAUGAUUAUACCUCACAAAUGUAUUCUGCAAAGCCAUAUGCACAUAUCCUUUCUGUACCAGUAUCGGAAACAAUGAGCCCUUACCCCGGUCAGCCUCAGUACCAAGCACUACAGCAGUCCCAGCCCUACACCAUCUACCCCCAGACCUCCCAGACCUACGGACUACCUCCUUUCGGUGCACUGUGGCCAGGUAUGAAACCUGAAAGUGGUUUAAUUCAGACUCCAUCUACAAGUCAGCACAGUGUUCUUACCUGCACUACAGGGUUAACCACAAGCCAGCCCAGCCCAGCACAUUAUUCUUAUUCCAUUGAAGCAUCAACUACCAAUGCCAGUCCAGUCUCUACAUCCUCAACUGUUGUCAAUAUUUCCACAUCAGCAGUAGCCAGUAUCUCACAGGACUAUCCUACGUACACGAUCCUUGGCCAGAGUCAGUACCAGACCUGUUACCCGAGCUCAGGCUUUGGAGUGGUGCCACCAGCAGACAGCAACACGGAGAGCUUGGCAUUAGCCACCACCACGUACCCAGAGGAGAAACCAAAUGCCCUGGUGGCAGCACAGGCAGUGCAGAGACCUCCCUCGGGAGAUGCAUCCACAAGUCCUUUGCUACCAAGAGCGACAGCAAGUAAAGAGUUAGAUGAGCAAGCAAGAAAAAACAUCCCUGGAAAGAACAGAGGGAAGAGGAAAGCAGAUACCUCUUCCUCACAGGACAGUGAACUGGAGCGAGUGUUUCUCUGGGACCUGGAUGAGACCAUCAUCAUCUUCCAUUCUCUUCUCACAGGGUCUUAUGCUCAAAAAUAUGGCAAGGAUCCAACUCUGGUGAUUGGCUCAGGUCUGUCCAUGGAGGAGAUGAUUUUUGAAGUUGCUGAUACUCAUUUGUUUUUCAAUGACUUGGAGGAGUGUGACCAGGUACACAUAGAAGAUGUGGCAUCUGAUGACAAUGGCCAAGAUCUAAGCAACUACAACUUCUCCACGGAUGGCUUCAGUGGCUCUGGAAGCAAUGCAAACCACAGCUCGUCCGUGGGUGUGCAGGGAGUGGACUGGAUGAGGAAAUUGGCCUUCCGCUACCGCAGGGUACGCGAGAUCUACAACAAAUACAAAACUAACGUUGGAGGCCUGCUCAGCCCACAGAAGAGGGAAGCUCUGCAGCGACUGAGGACCGACAUCAAAGUGCUGACAGAUUCCUGGCUGGAAACUGCAUUGAAAUCCCUGCUGCUCAUCCAGUCCAGAAAAAACUGUGAGAACAUCCUGAUCACUACUACCCAACUGAUGCCAGCUCUUGCCAAAGUUCUUCUGUAUGGAUUGGGCGAGGUGUUUCCCAUUGAAAAUAUUUACAGUGCUACAAAAAUAGGUAAAGAGAGCUGCUUUGAGAGGAUCGUGUCACGGUUUGGAAAGAAGGUCACUUACGUGGUGAUUGGAGAUGGGCGUGAUGAGGAGGUGGCAGCCAAGCAGCACAACAUGCCAUUCUGGAGGAUCACAAAUCACGCUGACCUCGUGUCCCUUCACCAAGCCCUUGAGUUAGACUUCCUGUAAGAAGUUGGAGCAAAGACAUGACGACAGCUCCCACAAGCCCUCUCCAUUACUGGGGGGGCAGAAAUCUCACAUGUUUGGGGACUCACUUUUCAGCUUGAUGAAGAAAACAUACCUAAUGCAAACUGUACAGUGGAAUAUGACAGCAGGUCGUUCCUUGGGAGCAUGGGCCCUGCCAAGCCCAGGGGUGUCCUGUAAGGAAGCCCUAGACUCAGCAGAGCUAGAGCUUGUCUGCAGAAGGGACUUACAGAGCCAGCUGAAUGCCUCUGGCAGCUGUCUCCAGAGGGAGGGGCCAUAAAACAGCAGAUUUAUUUGUAAGAGCCUUCUCCUUUCUAUUCAGCUUAGUUGUAGAACCCAAGAAAACACAAAACUUUAUUUUUAUAGGAAAACGCUGAUGGCAGAGCUUAAACCUCCCUUGUUUUGCAAAGCCGAAGAGCUAUGGUUUUUUUCAUAGGAAAUAUUAAUGAAAAUGUCAAAAAUACCUCUAUUGCUGUAAAAUGUGUCCUCUCUCCUUCCCUGGGUGUUGAAAACAGUUAAUUUAUUACAAUGUCCUAUUGUUAUUUCCUCCAUGUGGGAUGACUGGAAAAUAUAAAGGUAAGG